AUGAAUAAAAUAUUCAUACGUUGCCUUUAGCAUUUAGUAAAUUAAGAAUUAAAAAUAUAAAUAGCAUCGAAACAUCUCAAUAUAUUUGAAGAAGAAUUAAGACUCAUCAAGAAUGAUAAUUUAAUUAAAUACCUACUCAUUAUUUGCAUAGGAUAUGUAAAAUAAAAGGUAGAAGAUAUAAAUCAUGAAACAAUCAAAUUAUUAGCUAGUAUAUAUAUUCAUUUAGAUUCAUUCAAAGAAAAGUCUAUUCAUUAAGGAUUGAAAAUUUUGAGAAUUAAAGUUCCCUUUUUAGAAAAGCAUGUUUGA